UGAAACGGUGAAACGAGGGAUUAGUACUCAGCAGAAAACUCUCCCAACUCCACAUGCCGCACUGACAAAAUUCAAAGCUUGUCACUUUCACUUCCUUAUGAACUCCAACUACUCAAACUAGUACUAGUUGCACUUCUUUAAUGUGAUCUCUCUAGUCUCUUGUUUUGUUCAAAAUCUUGAAAAAGAAAAAGAACACCCAAUGUGGCCUGCUUUAGUUGCUGCUGCUGCAGCAGCAGGAUCUGGCUUUUUAGCCAACAAAAUCUUUAAUCAAAAUGCCACUCAACCCAUUUCUGGUUUCACUGAAAGUGAUAGUAAAUGUGAUAAACUCAAUGACCCAGAAGUGUUUACCACUCCAUUUCACCAUAAAGAUUCAAGCUUUACUAGUAAUUGUGAAAAACCCAAUGACCCAGAAGUGUUUACCACUCCCUUUCAGCAUAAAGAUUCAAUCUUUGCCAGUAACUGUCAAAAACCCAAUGACCCAAAAGGUUUAAUCACUUGUUUUCAGAAUAAAGAUUCAAGCUUUACCAGUAAUUAUGAUAAACCCUUUGACCAUGAAGGGUUUAUCACUCCCUUUCAGCAUAAAGAUUCAAGCUUUACUAGUAAUUUUGGUAAAAUCAGUGACUCAGAAGGGUUUAGGACUUACCUUCAGCAUGAAGAUUCAAGCUUUGUAUGUAAUCUUGGCUGUAGCAUUCAAGAAAAGAGUGAGGGGUUAUCUGAUGGUUCAGUUUUUAGGUUUUCAAGUGCUUCUGGUUCUGAAAUGGGGUUUAAGAAUUUGAGGAAGAAAAAUGUGGAAGGUUCUAGAAAGACCAAAGGGAAUGGAAAAUGUGGAAAUGUAAAGGGUGGUGAAAAGGAAUUGUUUAGGUUGGAGAAGAGGAAGAGUUGGAAUGGGAAGAGAUUUUAUGUUUGUUUGAAGAAGAGGAGAACUAAUAAAGUUCCUUCAGGAAAAUGUGAUUCUUGUGCUUCCAAAGGUAAUUCGUUUUUUGGUUAUGGACUCGGAAUUGGAAUGAUGUGCAUGAUGUCAGCUGGGAAAUCUGAGAUCAACAGGCUCAAUGUUACCAUGGAUGAAACUGCAAAAGCUGUAGAAGAAUUAAAAGCAGAACUUUCUAGGAGAAAAGUUGCACAUGACUUGCGUGCUUCGAAAAAUAAAGCCGAAGUAGAUGAAAAGCAUGAUAGAGAAUGCAGAAUACGUGUGAUCGCUGAGAGUAGCAAUGGAAAUAGUAACAUUUAUAGAGUACUAGAUCACCAAGUGGCUGAGGAAGGUGAAUGUGCAAGCAGUGUCGUUACAGAAGAGCUGCAACCUGAGCUAAUGGAAAUGGAUCAGCUGGAAGCUGAGCUCGAAUCCGAGUUGCAAAAGCUUCCGUGGUGCCUGGAUGGAGGCAGAGACCCUUGUCAGGAAGGCUUUCUGGAGAAAGAAUUUAACCAAGCCGAUGACCACAAUGCAGAAACUUAUCAGUUCAGUGGAGUAUUGCCAUCUGAACUCGAUCAAAAGCUUUGUCAUCUGCUCAUUGAACAACAAGAAGGUCAGAUAGUGGAGCUAGAGUCUGAGCUUCGCCAAACUCAUUCCAAACUCCACGAGAAAGAAGCUGAGCUCCAAGCACUCAAGGAUUGUGUCCGACGUCUUACUGAAUUUUCUCUAGAUGUUUCUCCAGAUGAAGAGACUGAUGGCAAAAUGGAAGAUGAGAUCAUUGGUGGUGGGGAUCAAGAGAAGAAAAUUGGACAUGAAUCAGGCAAACCAAUAGUUGGGAUGAAAAGAUCACUGAUCUUUUGAGUAUUAUAUUAUAAAGCAACAUAUGAAGGGAGUCUUAGCGUAACUGUAAAGUUGUCUCCGCGUGACCUACAUAUCACGGUUUCAAACGGUGCAAACAAUCACUAAUGGUUGUUUUUGGGUAGACUAUCUACGUAGGGGUGUGAUCCUUUUCUAGACACUGUUAAUG